CUUAUCUCAAUCAGUUUCUGUUGACUUAACUUUUGAUACAUUUCUCUGCGUUAGUUCCACUCAUCACUUCGUAACAACAAUUAUUAUCAUGUACAGUCAAAAAUUAAAAGGAAUUAACAAAGUGAAUUUCUGUAAAAUGCCAGCACAAGUAGCAGUCCUAAGGCCUGUUUGCGCUUUGUGGAGUAAAUUUAUUUCGACAACACCAAGACGGUUUUCACAAGCGUCUUUUGAAAAAAAAGGACUACAAGAGAAAAAACAGUCAACAUUUACCGAUAGAAGUCAACUUAAAUAUGCCAGAAGAUUAGUAGUCAAGUUAGGAAGUGCAGUCAUUACUAGAGAAGACGAACAUGGAUUGGCUUUGGGGCGAUUGGCAUCUAUUGUUGAACAGGUUGCAGAAUGCCAGAAUGAAGGAAGAGAAUGUAUUAUGGUAACAAGCGGCGCUGUAGCUUUUGGAAAACAAAAAUUAACCCAAGAAUUGCUUAUGUCUCUUUCUAUGAGAGAAACUUUAUCACCCACAGAUCAUACUAGGGAAGAUGCAUCAUUGCUACUAGAACCCAGAGCAGCUGCUGCUGUUGGCCAGUCUGGUCUUAUGUCUCUUUAUGAUGCUAUGUUUUCCCAAUACGGAGUGAAAAUUGCCCAAGUUCUAGUCACCAAACCGGAUUUUUACAAUGAAGAAACUCGUAGAAACUUAAUAAGUACAUUAUCAGAACUUAUCAGUCUGAACAUUGUUCCAAUUAUAAAUACAAAUGAUGCAGUUUCACCCCCACCACAAGUCGAUGAGCCUAUUGGAGGCAAAGCAGGAAAACGAGGAAUUUCUAUAAAAGACAACGAUAGUUUAGCGGCUAUGUUGGCAGCUGAGGUACAGUCUGAUCUCUUAAUAUUAAUGUCGGAUGUAGAUGGCAUUUAUAAUAAGCCUCCAUGGGAAGAAGGUGCAAAAUUUCUUCACACGUUUACUUCCGAUUUAAGGCAUACAAUUGAAUACGGCCAAAAAUCUAAAGUUGGCACUGGAGGAAUGGAUUCGAAAGUUAACUCAGCCACGUGGGCUCUAGACAGGGGUGUUUCAGUGGUAAUUUGUAAUGGCAUGCAAGAUAAAGCAAUUAAAACUAUAUUGUCUGGGCGAAAAGUGGGAACGUUCUUUACAGAUUCGAGCGUAAAUGGUAUAUUAAUGAGUACUGAGGUCAUGGCUGAAAAUG